CACGGCAGACGCAGGUUAAACAUCACAUCCCCGGCGCUCCCAGCCUGACGCGCAGGUCCCGUCGCUCUUUGUCUCCCCGCGUUGUCAGCAGGAUCACAAAACACGCUUUUAACUCCCAGACAGCUUUUAAUUGCUGCUCUCCUUUUUUUGCAAUCGAGAAAUGAGUCAUAAAGCUCUCAUGUUGUUCGUUUUUCUCCAAUAUUUUUCUGUAUUUUUGUCGUCCGCUACUGGGGAAAACUCUAUUCUCAAAGGUGAAGAUGGGGAAGUUGACUUGUCAACUGACGCGCUCAAUGGCAUCGUCAGAUACAACAUGAGGAAGAGUUUGGAUCUGGAACAGGAGGGCUGUUACCUGCAAGUAGGCCAGAAGACACGCCUAGAGGAGUGUGGCUUCAACACGACAUCCAAGACCAUCUUUGUAAUACAUGGCUGGACGAUGAGCGGUAUGUUUGAACGCUGGAUGCACAAGUUGGUGUCGGCACUGAUGCAGCGUGAAAACGAGGCCAACGUGGUGGUGGUUGACUGGAUACCACUGGCUCAGCAACUAUACCCUGAUGCCGUCAACCACACGAAAGACGUCGGUCUCAAUAUUGCCAACAUGCUCAACUGGCUUCAGGAUGAGCAGCAGCUGCCUCUGAAGACUGUGCACCUGAUUGGCUACAGUUUGGGUGCUCACGUAGCUGGAUAUGCAGGAACAUUUGUAAAAGGGACCAUCGGCAGAAUCACUGGUCUAGACCCAGCAGGACCUAUGUUUGAAGGUGUGGAAGAGCAGAACCGACUCUCCCCUGAUGACGCAGACUUUGUGGAUGUUCUGCAUACUUACACUCGGGAGGCCUUGGGUGUGAGCAUCGGAAUCCAGCAGCCAAUCGGAGAUGUUGACAUCUACCCCAACGGUGGCGAGGUGCAGCCUGGCUGUGCGCUCGGCGACGUGCUGGCGGUGGCAGGAAAUUUCAUGGAGGUGAUGAAGUGUGAACACGAGCGUGCGGUGCACUUGUUCGUGGACUCCCUGAUGAACAAGGAGCACGUGAGCUUUGCCUUCCAGUGCACCGGCCCGGAUCGCUUCAGGAAAGGAAUCUGCCUCAGCUGCCGCAAAAACCGCUGCAACAACAUCGGCUACAACGCCAGAAAGAUGCGCAAGAGGCGGAACAGUAAAAUGUACCUGAAAACGCGUGCCGACACUCCCUUCGGAGGCUACCACUAUCAGAUGAAGAUGCACGUGUUCAACAGGAAACAAGCAGAUGAUGCAGAUCCCACCUUUUUCGUCAAGUUGUACGGCGCUCACAGCGAUACUGGGAACUUGCUUGUUGAUGUCUAUGAUGAAGCAGUGGGCCUGAACCACACCAACACUUUCUUGGUGUUCACGGAGGAGGAUAUCGGUGACCUGCUGAAGAUCCGUCUGAGCUGGGAGGGAGACUCUGAAUCCUGGAACUCUGUUUGGAAAAACAUCAAGAAGUCCUUCUGGGCCUGGAACAAGCCGCCUCCCAGGGCCGUACUCGAAGUUCGUCGGAUCCGUGUGAAAGCAGGAGAAACGCAGAAAAAGUUCACAUUUUGCGCCCAAGAUCCUUCAAAAACGGAGAUCUCCCCUGGGGAAUCGGUGACUUUUGUUAAAUGUCGUGAUGGCUGGGAAGUGAAACCAAGAAAACGGGUUCCUAUGUAACAACUUCGCACUGACUUGAGCAUUGUGAACAUGGGGGACCCAACGCAAAUCAGGGAGAAGCACCAUUUUCCUGUCAUUUUUGAGCACUUUUCAAUGGAUUGAUCAGCACAUGGGACGGAGGAUUCAGCUCUUGGUGACUGUGGGAGCUUCUGUUUUCUUGGGACGAGGACUGUCAAGACUUGAAGGACAUUACAAAAGUUUUGCAGGCUGGCAGCACUGGCUAUCCUUUGUGUAAGAUGGCCUGAUGAGCUGCAGAACGUCCCUCUGGACUCGUGAGCUAGAAUACAGAUCUGUGCCAGUGACGCGACGGAGCAGUUGUAGUUGUACAUUUUUAAAUAUUUUAUUUAUGAGAAAGUGAAGCACUUAAGACCAAUGUUAUUUAUCAGAGCACAUCCCAUAAUUCUUCCAGAUGCAGUAUUUGAUGUGUGCAUGUUAGUGUUUUGUCUGUGCCUUUCUGCUGAGAGAUUACUGAUGACGCUUUUAUAGCUGAGGGCUUUUCUGUUGCAUUCAAUUGUUCAGAGACUUUUCUGCACAGUGUUAAUGUGUGAUUUAUGGGGUGUCUGUAAAUAAUGUAAAUACGUCUUUUUGUUAAAAUAAAGUAAUUGU